AUGGGUCCUAACAAACGUCCAGAUCACGAAUUAAUGCUGUGGCUUCAAUGGGAAGGAGGGCAGCUGCCAAUCGGCACCGGCGCUAAAACUAUUCGAAUCAGAAACCUUUACGGACAAGAUUGGAAUUUGUACCAGGGUCUUAACAAAGAUAUCAAUGUUCAAGUUAGGAGUCUACUUCCUGAUCGUCAGUACACGAAUUCAUUCAAAGGUAACAUGAAGGAUUGGUUGAUGAAACUCGUCGAGGCUGGUAUCUUUCGAGCGGACGCAUACCUGCAUACGGCCAAUUUAGGGAUGGAAUCAUUUUGGGGUGAAUCUACUUUUAAAGCACAGUCUUCACUUCAACUUUUAUGGAGUGGGAAUCAAAAUCAAAUUGGAUAUAAGCCUCCUGGAUAUAAACAACCUCCUGCCGGAACUGUAGUUCCGGGUCGCGCAAAGACUCGCUAG